CAAUAUAUAAUCACUUUCUCUCUCCUCACCAUAGAGCAAAUGACAAAUGCUUGUCCAAAUUUGAAUUCCAUUUUUCACUAGCCCACAAACUCCACAACCCAUCAACCCUUUCAAACCUCUCCAUUUCUUUCUCUUCCUUUUCUUUUUCCUUCCAUCCAAACAAACAAAAGAAACCCAGUUCCAAAGCGGCAAGCCGGUCACCUACUAUAUAUAAAGAUAUACAAUCGAAUUGUAUAGAGAUUAGAGAGAGAUUGUGUCGGUGCACACACACAUAUAUAAUUAUAUAUAUAUAUAUAUAUAUAUAUAUAUUAUAUUUUCUCUUUCAAUUCAAUUGAAGAAAAAAACGUGGAGGCUUGAGCAGAUGACAAGAGAACCUUGGCACCCAAGAAGUCACAACACAAACCCAUCGAUUUUUUUUUGAUGGGUUUUCUUCUUUCUCUCUCUAUAAUUUCUUCUUGAAGUCUGUACGCAUAUAUAUAUAUAUAUUAUAGAGAGAGAGAGUGGGGUUUUAGAGAGAGAGAGAGAGAGAUAGAUGGAAGGGGGAGGGGGGAAGAGGAAGAGCGAGAGGCCGUACAAGGGGAUAAGGAUGAGGAAGUGGGGGAAGUGGGUGGCGGAGAUCAGAGAGCCCAACAAACGGUCAAGAAUCUGGUUGGGUUCAUACUCGACGCCGGUGGCGGCGGCGCGUGCAUACGACACCGCCGUGUACUACCUCCGCGGGCCGUCAGCGAGGCUCAACUUCCCGGAGCUGCUGGCGGCGGAAGGCGGCGUGGGACUCCACGACAUGUCUUCGGCCUCAAUUCGGAAGAAAGCCAUAGAGGUGGGUGCAAGAGUUGAUGCAAUAGAGAGCACAACCCCUAAUUCCAUGGCGGUGGGUGUCCAUGAAGAACCACCACCACCAAGCUCUACCGGAUUCAAACCAUGUUGGUUCGAGGAGAAACCCGACUUGAACAAGAAGCCCGAACCCGAGGACCCGGAUUGUUGCGAUGAUGAUUGGUAAAAUCCACUUUUAAUCAAAUCCCAAGUACUCUCUCUCUAUCUUGUAAUAUGUACACAUAUGUAACUAUAUUAUGUAAGGGGGUGUUUUCGCUAUUUUGCUAGCUAACACACACCAAGACACUUAAUUUGGUGGAGAUUACUAUGUUUUUCAUUUUUUUUUUCUUUUUUUUAAUAUGGAUAAAGAAGUUUUGUUGCUAUGUAACUUGUAGCUGGAAUUAAUUAGUGUAGUAUUUAGUUUUCUCAUUUUA